GGCUUCGGGUACGGAGGAUGCUGCAGAGGCUGCGUCUCUCCCUGAGCCGGCUGCAGGCCCCCGCCCCGCCUCCCGAGCCCGCCCGCCAAUGCUCCAGCCCCAGGUUCCUGGCGCCCGCCCCGCCAGCUACUUGUCGCCGCACCGCGCAGCCCUGCUUCCCCGCAGCCUUGCCAUGGCCUGCGCGCCCAGCUCCGCCCGGGCCCGCCAGGACUGUAGCAAUGGAUGCCCUUUGGGACCGAAAGAGGUGGCCGAGACUUUUAAGGUAGCUCCCCCCCCCAUGAUGAUGAGGUCAUGCUUAAAUGAGGGAGCUGUGUUGAUUACAUCUCCUAGGGCCGCUUGCCUGGACUCCAGAGUCCUCUUUGUUUUGAAGAUGAGCCGUCUACUUUCCCCUGCUUCACACAUCUUCACAGAGUUCCUUCUUGUCUCUGCCUCCUCAGUGCUGGGAUUAAAGGCCAAAGAUCUAAUCAUCACUCCAGCCACCAUCUUAAAGGAAAAACCAGACCCCAGUAGCUUGGUGUUUGGAACUGUGUUUACCGAUCACAUGUUGACAGUGGCGUGGUCCUCGGAGUCUGGAUGGGAGAAACCUCACAUCAAGCCUUUUGAAAACUUGUCCCUGCACCCUGCGGCCUCCGCCUUACACUACGCGGUGGAGCUGUUUGAAGGCUUGAAGGCCUUUCGAGGAGUUGAUAAUAAAAUCCGACUGUUCCGACCAGACCUCAACAUGCACAGGAUGUGCCGAUCUGCUGUGAGGAGCACUCUGCCGGUGUUUGACCAAGAGGAGCUUCUGGAGUGCAUCCAGCAGCUAGUCCGGUUGGAUCAAGAGUGGGUCCCGCACUCCACCUCUGCCAGCCUCUACAUUCGUCCCACGUUCAUCGGAACUGAGCCUUCUCUAGGAGUCAAGAAGCCUACCAAAGCCCUUCUCUUUGUGAUCCUGAGCCCAGUGGGACCUUAUUUUUCUAGUGGAACCUUUAAUCCGGUGUCCCUGUGGGCGGAUCUGAAGUACGUCAGAGCCUGGGAAGGUGGAACGGGGGACUGCAAGAUGGGAGGGAAUUAUGGCUCAUCUCUCUUGGCACAGUGUGAGGCAAUGGCCCAUGGCUGCCAACAGGUCCUGUGGCUGUACGGGAAGGACAACCAGAUCACGGAAGUGGGCACCAUGAACCUCUUUCUCUAUUGGAUAAACGAAGAUGGAGAAGAAGAGCUAGCGACUCCUCCGCUAGAUGGCAUCAUCCUCCCCGGAGUGACGAGGCAGAGCAUCCUGGAGCUGACAUGCAAGUGGGGUGAAUUUAAGGUGUCGGAGAGGUACCUCACCAUGGAUGACCUGACCACUGCCCUGGAGGGGAACAGAGUGAAGGAGAUGUUUGGCUCGGGAACAGCCUGCAUUGUCUGCCCGGUCUCAGAAAUUCUGUUCAAGGGCCAGAUGUUACACAUUCCGACAAUGGAGAACGGUCCUAAGCUUGCGAGCCGCAUCUUGGAAAAGCUGGCUGAUAUUCAGUAUGGAAGAGAAGAGAGCGACUGGACAAUCGUGUUAUCCUGAAGGAGAGCCGCAGGGUGCGGACGGUGUGACAUUGAAGACUGAUUGCUCUGUUUGAACCGUGACCGAUCUCUGGCCACCUGUUAGUCGUCAUGCAUAAUGUAGUUGUAUUGUUAGUGUGUUAUCAAGUUGAGAUGUUUUCCUUGAGCCACAGAAAAUUGUCAGCGUCAAAUAUUGUUCUGUAAACUUGCUAGCAAUUGCUUACCUUACCUUCUGGAAAGAUAAUAAUGUAAGCCAUAUCACACAUAGAAUUCUCCUCAGUAAUUUGAGUGCCUCCCGUAGUGCUUCACGCAGACCCCAAAAUGUUUAUUCUUUAGUAGAAGUUAGGGCUCCUCAACCAAAUGAGAUGACUGUGUGUGUCUGGGGGGCGACCUGAGGUGUCACUUCUGGUGACUCACGGCUGUCCUCAGAAACACUCGGAACAUGGCUUUUUGUUAUUGUUGGUGAUUUUGCUUUGUUUUCUGAGUCGGGCUUACUAUGUAGCCCUGGCUGGCCUCAUGAAAAUUUUGCAGGCCCCCUAAGACCGUGUUAAGGUGAAUACCUCCCUUCCUGAUACCCAGCUCUGCUCCAGCCUCACCGUGGGCGCGUGUGAGACCUGAGUGCAUCCAUCGCUCCCUUGGCCUUUCUGCACAGUGUUGUAACCAGCUGCUUUUCGCUGCUAUGAGACUGGGGGGGGGGUCUCAUACCUCUAGGUCUUGGUGUCUUCAACGCCCCACGUGUAGUAGGUACCCAGUAAAUGUUUACUCUAAUGAUUGGAUGAACAAGCCAACAGUUCCUUCUGUCCUUUCAUCUCUAUGAUGACCCUCUUUGCUGGAAACGGUGAUUGAUGCUGACAGCACGUAGCAGUAUUUACCUCAUGACAUCUUUGUUUUCCAUGGACUCCUAUGUCAUUAGACUUGCUGUGACGUGGUCAGCUGGAGGGAUCUUCUGUUUCGGGAAGAAACAAUGGCAUUGAAGUGAUAGGUCUGGACAGAAUUCAUGAUAAGUACAAACCAAAUGGAAAGGACAGACGUUGUGCAUUAAGGGUUAGAUGCCAAAUAGACCGUAGUGGGGGGCUUGUGGUGUAUGUAGGAAGGAAACUGGAUUUUUCUCUACACUUUGUGUGUGCUCUUCUGUUGGGUGGGGAUCGAAUGGGCACAUGAUUAGGUUAUAGAGACAGAAAUUCCAGCCAGUGUUUUCCUUGUUUGGGAGCUAAGACUGAGGGCGGUUUCAUUUCUCGGUUUAUCUAGGGUAAAGUCAAAUCCUAAUAGAAAUAUUCACCCUUGGAAGGUCUGCUCUCAGCCUUGGUAUUUUGGUUUCACAGUCUGAAUGACUUUCAUCUUGCUGUUGGAACUCCAGUGUCUUCUCAGAGCCAGGGGAAGGACAUUUUAAAGGCUUGAUCCAUCAGAAACACUUCCUCAAGGCAUUUAACAACACUUAGUAAAUGGACUUUGAUUCCUUUCCAGAGCUUUUAGCUGUAGGGCCUUUUAGACAGGACCAGUACAAUGAAAACUAGAGAGGGGCUGAGACGGAAAGGGACGGUAAGAUAUGAUUUCGGGCCUUUGCUUUGGCAAUUGGAAGUCUUGGGUGAGUCUGUUUUCAGGUGGCUCUUGACCUUCUCCUGCUGUCUUCACGAGGUAACAUCCCAAGGGGCUUGUGCUUCGGUCCAUCCUUAACCUUGGUACAGGAAGAGUGUUAGUUCUGUCAAGUAGCACUGAGUCCUGUGAACAGGGGAAAUGGUUUUCCCAGAAGUGCAUUUUAGACUCUGCCUUUCUAAAUUGAGCAUGCCCUUCGUGAAAGCUGGACAACGUUAUGUUAUGACUCUUUUGUACAAACAUGUUUAAGCUCUUUCCAUCAGACUCCAUUGAAGAGGAAGGAUACACAACUUUAAAACAUGGGAGUCCUCUUAAAACAGCAGUCUACCAUUCUCCUUGAAGUACUGGGAAACUGACCUUGGCACUGACUUGUUAAGUAAGUCUAAGAGGAACAUCUGCACGAGUUUUUUAUUUUCUUAUGCACUAUUUAAUUGCGGGGCGAAUACAGCAAGAGGGGCGUGAUAACUAGGCAAUUACCCAUUCUUCAAGACUUAGUUAUCGCAACACUAAUUGAUCAUUUAAGGCACAUGAUAGUGUAGCAUUAGGAACAUGUGAAGCUAAUCUGCUCGGAAAGAUCAACAAAUUAAUAUUGUUGCUGAUAUUUGCAUAAUUGGCUGCAAUUAUUUAAUGUUUAAUUGGGUUGAUCAAAUGAGAUUCAGCAAUUCACAGGCGAGCGUGUAUAAACAGCUGGUGGUGCUUCAAGUCUUGAUCAGUCUGUGACACGUUCCUUCCACUUUCCCAAGUUCUUAUAUUGCAGCUUGAGUUUGUCAGCUUUCCCCAAAACACAUCAGCGAAAACCAAGAGUUCAAAGGGAGACGUUCGGACAUAGAGGGGUCUGAGCCUUUGCUAAGGUUUGCUGAUGAAGAAAUGUGGGGGUGUUGUUGGUGAGUCGCUUUAUCAAGGAUUCUACCUCUGGUGUACAAGAUGAGCCAGCUUCCGGGGAAGCAGGCGCGAAAAAUCAGUAAUUCCUACUGUGGCCUUUGUUUUCAAAAGCACAAAGAGAGAGAGGUGACAGAGAACUUUGGGGAGUCAUGUUUUCUUCUAGGAGAAGGGUUGCUGAAAGAAGCUUGGGUGGUGUGUGGUUCUAGUUCUGUUUAACACAAGGGAAGCUACCCACUCACCCUGGGGUGACUUUCUUCACUGCAUCUAUGCUGUUGCUUGAUAGUACUGCCCCCAAAUAAGCUGUUUCACCCCCACGUUGAGCGCUGUUAGUGUAUGAAGGUAGAUCUGAGCCCCUCUUAAGGCAAAUGGGUUGUAGGAACUUGAUAGUCACACUUUCAGUUCUGCUUUAAAGGAACUCUGGUAUAAAAAUAGCUGUGAGCGUGAACUCGUCUCUCUGCCUUCCUGGCUCAGGGGUCAUCCGUAGAGUUUUGUUUCUGGUCUUCAACACUGUGUUUGAUUAACCGUUGUAACAGGGGAAGACGGUGUCUCAGGAGACGUUUGCUGGUUUUCAUUGACUGAUAUUUUCUGAAAGACUCAGAGCAAUAACUCUUCUUCAACCAUAUCAUCAAGGCCAGGGUCUCAGCUGAGCACCGAGGAAACCCCUCACUUCGUGUCCUGAUUUUUUUUGCCUUGCAGUAUGGAUUUCUUAUGUGAAUGUGCAAAUGCUUAAGUUAUAAACAAUAGUCCCAAUGAACGUCAUUUCAUGGACAUUUGAAGGCAGCUGUCACUUUGUUUUGACACAGGUAGAAUUUAUUCAGCUUUUUGUGCUCCUGAUAGCUCUCCCCUUAGAGGCAGGAGGCCUCGGUAAAUAUUCCGUGUUACGGGACAGAGAUGGGGAGCACUGUUGCUCAUUUGGUUCAGGAUGACUGAACACCCACAGAUGUGCAUCUCACAGCCAGCAAUAGGAAAGGAAGUUUGUUUUAGAGAACACAUGGCGUAUAAACAUUACCUCACAGAGUUUAUGGCCUUUUACUUGAACUAAUUUUAAAAUAUAUAUUUUUUAUUUAUUUCUAUUUUAUGUGUGCGAGUAUCCUACCUGGAAGCACACCCAUGUUGUAUAAUGCUGGCAGAGGCUAAAAGAGGGAGUCAGAGCCCCUGGAGUUACAGGUAGUUGUUAGCCACCAUGUGGGUGCUGGGAACUGAACCCAGGUCCUCUGCAAGAACAGCCAGUGCUCUUAGCCGCUGAGCCAUCUCUCCAGCCCCUUGAACUAUUUUUAGAUACAAAAGCAGUGUUUAUAAAUGAUAAAGAGAGGAAGACCAGAAUACAUCUCAGCAAGAAAUCACAUUUCAUCUCAUUUUUCAUAUGGAAAUCUUCCUACUCUCAUUCUUUUCUACUAUUUAGGAAGGUCAGUACUUGGGAUUAUUCCUACCUGUGUCUGGGGUGUAGAUGUCCACCUCUGCGCUGUCGUCAGAGCGGCGUGUCUGCUACUCGUGCCCUCUUGGUACACUGCUGAGUUGCCGUAAUGUGUCUCACAGAACGUCAGAUUCAAAAGCCAGAUGACAUUGACCAAGGCGAAGACAGUGAGCCUAGAGGGACAUGUGUGUAGACUACCUAAGGAUACACACUGUCCAAAUGGACGGUGUGAAGAUGACAGAGCCGGCCGCUCAGAGUAGUUCUCAUAGAACCGUGUCUUUCACAGGGUUGGGAUUGUUUCCUGUAGUCCUGUGACCUCUCACGUGCCAGGCAACUGGCCUGCCACUGAGCUGUGUCCCAGCCCUCUUUUUACUUUUUAUUUUGACACAACAGCUCACUAAGUUGCUCAAAGGUGCCUCGAAUUCAUUCUAUAGCCCAGACAGGACUUGAAUUUGCAAUCCUCCUGCCUCAGCCUCCUAAGUACCUGGGAUUAUAAGCAUGUGCCACCAGGCCCAGCUUCAGUUUGAGGUUUUGAAUAAGAAAUUCAUUCUUUAAAAAUCACAUUUUUUUUUUUUAACCGCUGCUGAAAAUAUCCCUUAAAAGGUAGAGAGGCUGGAGAGAUCGCUCAGUGGUUGACAACGUGCUCGCUGCUGUUGCAGAGGACCUGAGUUUGGUUCUUAGGACCCACAUCACGCAGUUCACAACUGCCUUCAACUCCCACUCCAGGGGAUCCAAUACCCUUCUCUGGCAUGCACGUGUACAAAUAGGUACAUACACAUAAAAGCAAAAAUAAACCUUUUAAAAGGCAAAGAUGGAAUAAAGGAAUUUUCAUCCUCAAUGUACAUACCAUAGUAGAAAACUUCAGAGAUAAUUAGUUGGAGACGCUGGUCAUGAAAUCUAGACUGUAGUAAUGUUUGGAUAAAUAAUUCGUGGGAUCGUAUUUGCUUUAAUAAUUGACAAAAGUAAGAAAUUUAGUUUUACAAACAAGUGCUCUAAAGUCUAAUUGGAUUCAAGUUUUGAGGGAUCUUCCUGAAGGCAUCCUUUUCAUACCGUGGUAGGCCAGUCUAUGAGCUCUAAAACCGCUGUUGUCCAGUUUGGAUAGAGUGUAUUUUAACUGCACGAUCUGUAAGAUCUCUUGUGACAGUUCAGUCAUUUAAUUCCAAGAUUCAUAAACUUAAGCCAAAAAAUAAGAGAUGAGGAAUAGGUUGGGACUUUUUAUUUCCUUAGAAACACUAUUUACCACUAACCCCCAUUCGUUGGUGAAGGGUAACAAAUUUAGAAAUGAGUUAUUAUUUAGUUCACAACUAAACUGUGAGCCAUGCUGAAGUUCCCACAGACUAAUUUCAUAUGGGCUUGGACAUCACUCUCAGAGUUAAGAACAGGGUGGAAAUAUCCUCUUCUGUGUCACUGAUAAGUUUUAUAAAAACUCAGUUCUCUCUGGCUCUGAUAAGAUUGAAAUCAGUUCUUUAAAAGUUGGGUGCAGGGUCUAGAGAUGACUCAGUGGUUGAGAACAAGUGCAAACUAGGUUCCCAGCACCCACAGGGUGGCUCACGACCACCUGGAAUUCCACUUCCAGGGGAUCAAACCCUCCCUUUUGGUCACUGCAGGCA